AUGUCGUCGCAAACCUCCUUUACCUCGACCUCAAACAACCGAAUCAUGUACUACUGUAGGCUCCCUACUCGGAUUCGAGUCUCCACUACACACCAAAAUCCAGGGAAAAGAUUCAGAACAUGCCCUAAUUCGUUGAGAGCAGGGAGAAAAUGUGGAUUUUGGGAAUGGGUUGCUGAAGAUCCGGUCACAGAGGAGAUUUUUGGUCUUAGAUAUGAGUUGAAUGAAAUGAAGAAGAAGAUGCAUCACUAUAAAGCACAUCUUGGUGAUUCUUUCAGAAGCUUUCCUCUUCCUCACUUAAACUGCUCUACGAAAUGGUCUUGCAGAAGUAGAUCUUUGCCUUUGUUGUGGAUCUUGGAGUUGGAUGUGGAUUUGCAGAAGUUGGAAUUGGAGCUGGAGUUGGAAUUGGGGUGGAUCUUGGAGUUUGAAUUAGAGUUGAAGUUCGAAUUGGAGUUGGAAUUGGGGUGGAUCUUGGAGUUUGAAUUAGAGUUGAAGUUGGAACUGGAGUUGGAAUUGAAGCUGGAAUUGGAGUUGGAAUUGGAGUUGAAGUUGGAAUUGGAAUUGGAAUUGGAGUUGAAGUUGGAAUUGGAGUUGGAAUUGGAGCUGGAGUUGGAAUUGGAGUUGGAAUUGGAGUUGCAAUUGGAGUUGAUCUUGGAGUUGGAAUUGGAGCUGGAGUUGAAGAUGCUGGAUCCGGAUCACCUGUGGUUGGAUUUUUUUUGUUGGGCACCCUUUUUUGUUAUGCCCACUAACAUAGCAGAUUGA